AUGCCAUUCUUUCACCAAUCUAAGCCCCAGUGGCUGAAAAUUGCAUCCGCGGUCCUCCUCGGAGCAACCUGUGUCGCUGACGCCUACGUGAUACCCCGCCAAAUCAACUCAUCUCAAUUGCUGAACAGCUACGAUUAUGUCAUUGUAGGUGGCGGAACCGCAGGCUUGACUGUGGCAGACCGUUUGACGGAGGACCCUGAAACCAAAGUCUUGGUUCUCGAAGCUGCAGACUGGGGCAACAUGCCCGAGAACCUCAAGGUUUCCUUUCUCACCCGGACUUCAGCCUUUACAGACCUUCUUUGGCCCGGACUCCAGUCUGUUCCCCAGCCUGGCCUGAACGGAAGGACUGGCAAUGUCUUCAUUGCCAAACAAGUCGGAGGUGGUGCGUCGGUGAACGCCAUGAUGAACAUGCGUGGUUCGGCCGAGGACUACGACCGCUGGGCUAGCCUUUUCGGAUCCGAGGCUCAGCAGGGGACUGCCGACUGGAGCUGGGAUGGCAUCUUGCCGUUUUUCAAGAAGGGCCUCCAUUUCACUGAGCCGCCUCCCGAGCUGACCGAGAACUUUGACAGCGUCAAGUAUGACGCCGCAUACUGGGGAGACUCAUCGGAGAUCUAUGCAGGGUGGCCCCGAUUCUACUACCCCGGUGUUAAGCCCCUAGUUGAAGCUUUCAAGGAAAUCGACGGAGUGGAGUUCCCGGCUGACAGUGGUGCCGGAAAGCCCGGUGUCUUCUGGUUCCCCACGCUCAUGGAUCCCCGUACCGUCACCCGCUCCUAUGCUGGCACCGGUCACUAUCUCAACGUCAAUGCCACUCGUCCGAACUACCACCUUUUGCUCAAUACUCAGGCCCGCAAGUUGAUUCUUGACGACAAGCUCUGCGCUACAGGGGUUGAGUUCCCGUUAGGAAACAACAGCUUUGUCACUGUUACCGCAAAGAAGGAGGUCUUGCUCGCUGCUGGUGCCAUCCACACUCCUCAACUCCUGCAGCUUAGCGGCAUUGGACCUAGGAGCCUUCUGGAAGCUGGUGGCAUUGAUGUUCUUGUCGACCUCCCCGGCGUUGGCCAGAACUUCCAAGACCACAGCAGUCUCUCUACCAUGAACAUUACUCUCUCUAAGCUCACUGAGAUCCACCCCAACCCGACCGACCUAGUUGAGGGAAAUGACUUCAAGACUUGGGCCGACGAAGUGUGGGCAGCCAACAAGACCGGCCCUUAUUCUAUUGCGUUGACUAAUUUGGCCGGCUGGCUCCCUUUCACCGCCGUGUCCGACCGAGCUGAGGAGCUCGCCACCAAGUUGGAGCGACAGGACUUUGCCAGUCUCCUGCCGACGGAUGCCGCGUCCACAGUUGUCGCCGGUUUCAAGGCGCAGAUGAAGAUCCUGGCCGCCCAAAUGCGCUCCAAGGACACGGCAUUCACUCGCAUGCAGCUCAUUGCAAACCAGGGAUCCCAGGGCCCCGUCGCGAUGCAGUCCUUCAGCCGUGGCACCAUCAACAUCAAUACGACCGACCCGUGGAACACUGAGCCUGUGAUUGACUACCGCGCCCUGUCCAACCCUAUCGAGGCCGAUUUCUUUGUUGAAUCGAUCAAGUUCCUCCGCCGCUACAACUUCAACACCUCUCUGGCCAAUCAAUUCGACCCGGUCGAGUACGCCCCCGGUCCCGAAGUCACCUCGGACGAGGAUCUCAAGGCCUACAUUGCCGGCGCCAUGUCACCAACUGACUACCAUCCCGUGGGCACUGCAUCUAUGAUGCCACUUAACCUGGGCGGUGUUGUCGACCAGACAUUGCGGGUAUACGGAGUGAAGAACCUGAGAGUCGUUGAUGCCAGUGUCAUGCCCAUGGUUCCCAGCGCCAACACCUGCCAGCCCACUUAUGCCCUUGCUGAGAAGGCAGCGGAAAUCAUUAAGCAAGGCGUCUGA